CAGCGUUUACAUGGAGCCCGUAAUGAGUUCAAACCGGUUUGACUUUCACCCCGGUUUGAAAUAGCCCUUCUGUUUACAUGAACAAUUUCGGUACGGCUUGGCGAAGUAAUAAAAUUCGUCAAAUCUUUUUUCUAGUUCCAGUCUUUUCCGCGCGUAUUUUUAGGAUUAUUUUCAAGAUGGCGACGAGCAAGACAUAUGCUAUGAAAAACUUCUCUAUGCUUAUAUCAUUUUUUUUAAGUUCGCUGGGUUCAUUGGUUGCUGUGUUUACGAGAAAUGUUGAAUAUCUACUAUCACUUCGUAGGCAACAGCAACGACAUCUGUUUAAUGCUGUGGAAGAUCACAAUGCUGUGCUAAGAAAAAUGCAGAAUUUAAAACAUAGGGUAAACAAAAGACGAAAAAGAAGAAGAUGGAUCAACCCAGGACGUACUGAUCUUUGGUGGCAAAAUUUAUACUCUGGAGCGUUGCUGGAACAGGAAUGGUGUCAGAACUUAAGAAUGGACUACCCUACAUUUAUGAAUUUAGUUGAUAAAAUCCGUGUAGAAGUUGAACCGGCACACAAUUCAUUUCGAAUAGACACUCUUUCUGCUGAGAAAAGAACAAUGAAUGUGCCUUUGGACGGUUAAAAGCAAGAUGGAGAAUUUUAAAUCGAUGUCUCGAUGUUGAAUUGGAUUUUGCAAUGAAUCUCAUUUACUCUUGUUUUGUUCUUCACAAUUAUUGUGAAAUAAAUAAAGUUGAUGUGCAUCCUGACUUGCUCCAAGUACAAAUGAUGAACGAAGAACGAUGUCAAAAUUGUGAACAUCAUAACCAAGUUUAUCGGCUAUACACGUACAACUCACAUCGAGGAAAAGCUGUCAGAGAUUCUGUGAUGGAAUACUUGCAUGAUAAAAUGGAAAAUUAAACUAUGAACAUUUGUUUUUAACUUGUAUUAUAUUGUAUUUUUUAUAGAUAGAAAUAUUUGUGAACAACCGUCUUUUUAACUUGUAUUAUAUUGUAUUUUUUAUAGAUAUUUUAGUCACUAAA